UCAACUAAACAGCACAUCUGGUCAAUGCAGGCUGCACACACACACACACAUGUGUGUGUGUAUGCGUUUUUAUUUAUUGUACAUGUACACAAGUUGGAGUUAUUGAAGAGUGGCGCUGCCCCCCGCCCGCCAUUAAUAUCCAUUUCUCCCAAACUUCCCUCUCCCUCUUCUUUAAGCUCCCCAGUUUCAAGCUUCAGACUAGUCAACUCUCCCUCUCUUCUCUCUCUCUCUCUCUCUCUCUCUCUCUCACACACACACACACACACACACCCAUGAAUAGAGGCACAGCGAGAUAGGAAGUCUUUUCUUGGAGAAGAACGCUCAUCUCUGCUUCUUCCUCUUGUUUGCUGAUCACUGUUCUCUACUGCCCUUCUUCAAGAAGCAGGGUGUGUCUUUCUAGUUUGCUGAGACCAAAAACUUUUCUUGCCAUGGGGAUUUGUUUUAGUGCUAGAAUCAAAGCCGACACCCCGGCUCAUACUGGCGUAAAUUCACAAUACGUUAGCUCGGAUGGGUAUGAUAUGAGCCUUGGUAGUAGCAAAAUCUCAUCAACGUCGGUUCCUCCUACUCCUCGUACUGAGGGUGAGAUCUUGCAGUCGUCUAACUUGAAGAGCUUCAGUUUUUCUGAUCUGAAGGUAGCCACCCGUAACUUUCGACCAGAUAGUGUUCUGGGAGGAGGUGGAUUUGGCUCAGUGUUUAAAGGCUGGAUCGAUGAAAAUUCAUUUACCGCUGCAAAACCUGGGACAGGCAUGAUUAUUGCAGUAAAGAAACUUCACCAAGAAAGUUAUCAGGGCCAUAGGGAGUGGUUGGCAGAAGUGAAUUAUUUGGGCCAGUUUUCCCAUCCUAAUCUUGUGAAACUUAUUGGAUACUGCUUGGAGGAUGAUCAUAGACUCUUGGUGUAUGAAUUCAUGCCUCGUGGGAGCUUAGAGAACCAUCUCUUUCGAAGGGGUUCUUAUUUCCAACCUCUUUCUUGGAGCCUUCGCCUUAAGGUUGCUCUUGGAGCUGCAAAGGGGCUUGCUUUCCUUCAUAGUGCUGAAGCAAAAGUCAUUUAUAGAGACUUCAAAACUUCUAACGUAUUGCUUGACGCGAAUUACAAUGCAAAACUCUCUGAUUUUGGAUUGGCCAAGGAUGGGCCGACUGGUGAUAAAAGUCAUGUGUCCACAAGGGUCAUGGGGACCUAUGGAUAUGCAGCUCCAGAAUAUCUAGCCACUGGUCAUUUAACUGCAAAGAGUGAUGUAUAUAGCUACGGAGUUGUGCUCCUUGAAAUACUAUCCGGCAGGAGAGCAAUUGACAAGAACAGACCACCUGGUGAGCACAAGCUUGUAGAAUGGUCCAGGCCCUACCUGGCUAACAAGCGCAAAGUCUACCGCAUUAUGGACAACCGCCUCGAAGGCCAGUACACAAUGGAUGUGGCUCAGAAGGUCGCUAACCUUGCUUCAAGAUGCAUAUCCUUAGAGCCCAGGUUGAGGCCUAAAAUGGAAGAAAUAGUGAAAGAACUUGAGCAACUUCAAGAUUCGAAUAAUAUGGACAACAAUCACAUCAAGACCCAAAAUGGAUCCAGGCAACGUAGACGAAGUGCUGGCGACGCCGGCAAUAAAAUUGCAAAUGCUGCUUAUCCACGACCGUCAGCUUCUCCACCUCAUUCAAAAUAAUACUCUUAAGAUACUCUACUGAGAAAGAGCUGUGGUUUUCCUCUUCAUUCAGAGGUGUAGCUCAGAGCGUUGGUUAUUGAUUUUAGGGAAGUAAUCGAUGACCAGUCUGUACAGUUGUUUUUGCUAGAGUAUACGCCGCUUGUAUUUCUUGUAACACGAUAUAAAUGUAAGCCUGUAAGAUGGUGAUUCUCAUAUGAGUAAGUUAGCUCUGUUGAGUUGGUGAGCAUGACUUUGUUUAACAUUUUGACAUGUAUAUUAUCAUAAAUCAGUAUAAGUUACUUGAA